AUGAAGGUUCCUGUAUGCUCAUCAAUAAAUGUAGCAAAAUGUAUAUUUACAAGUAUUUUUCAGACUUCCAAGCGUCGAAAUAAUGGACGCAGCAAAAAAGGGCGCGGGCACGUUAAGUAUGUAAGGUGUACCAACUGUGCCCGCUGUGUUCCCAAAGACAAGGCCAUCAAGAAGUUUGUCAUCAGAAAUAUUGUGGAGGCAGCAGCUGUCAGAGAUAUCUCUGAUGCCAGUGUAUAUGAUGUAUAUGCAUUGCCCAAGCUAUAUGCUAAGCUGUUGUACUGUGUGUCCUGUGCAAUCCAUUCAAAAGUAGUGAGAAACAGAUCACGAGAGGCACGUAAAGACCGAUCACCCCCACUUAGGUUCAGACCAAGAAUGGACGGAGGUCCACCCAGACAAGGUGCUGGAGCUGGAGCAGGUACCGGAGGAGGCGGUGGCCAGGGUGGUGGUGGUGGUGGUGGCGGCGGCGGCGGAGGAGGCGGUCCCCCACAAAGGACAUAAACUGUUAAUAAAUGUCAUACAGUG